GCAUAUGCUGCAGUCUGGGGUACUCCGCUCCAGCUGGAGGGUGCUCCAGGUCUGCCCACGACACAUUUUCGGGAAGCCAGAAUUUCUCACUCCAAAUCCAGGCUGAGAUAGAGGCAGUCAUCGGGGAGCAGAAAACGUGUGCAGCUGCAGCUUCCGAGAUGCCCUAUACGGAUCUGUGACCCAGUGUGGAGGGCCUUUGGACUUCAGACACAAGCGGGGGAAAUCCUGUGUUUUAGUGUCGACCCCUUUUUCUGCUUGGACUGCUCCAUCUCACGUCUGAAAAAAUCUGAGAGUUGGAGAAGAGUUCUUCUUAUCAGAGACUGCUGUAGCCUCGGCACAUAGACCAGUGCAGCUCCUGGAUCACCUAAGCAGAUAAGCAAAUGGAUCAGAAAGAGCUGAGUGAUCCACUCAACAACGUUUCAUUGAUUAAAGAUGAUCUGACCAGGUCCAACAUGGGUUCUUCUGGUGAUUCUGAGAAAAUGAUUCAGCACUUGAAUGAUGAACUUCAAGAGGCUCGGGAGCUAGCUAACACAGAGAAGCAGAAAUGCAUUGAGCUACAAGGUGUUCUGCAAGAUGAGAGGAAAGAGCAUAAACAACAAGCUGACCAAUCUUCAAAACAGAUUAAGCGUCUCCAAGGCCAGCUCCAGCAGCUCCAAGAUGAGGUGGAUGAUCUCAAGGAGCAGAUAAAUGUCUCCUCUGGUUCACGUGACGAGCUACAAAGAGCACAAGAUGAGGUGAAGUCGCUAAAACAGGCCCUUGAGGCAGCCUCUGCAGAACGGGACAGUGACGUUGCUGCCGUCCAGUUUAACCUGGCAGCUACUUCCAAGGACCUGGACAAAUGGCAUCAGACUGCCAACAAAUAUGAGCGGGAAAUUGAGGACCUGCGACGUGAUCUGGAGCAGCAGAGCAAGCAGUGGCAGAAAACAGCAGAAAUACAAGCCAGUGAGCUGCAGUCUAUGCAGGUGGAGUGUAAUGGUCUCCAGAAAGAGUGCUCUGCCCUGCGAUCUGACAAACAAGAUAUGGUGAAUAAGCAUCAGAAAGAAAAAAACUGUUUGCAAAGCGAAUGUGCCUCUCUCAGGGCAGAGAAAGAGGAACUCUUCAAGGCUCAUCAGAAAGAAAAGGCCAGUGUGCAGAGUCAGUGUGGAGCACUGCGCAGUGAAAAAGAGGCAUUGCUGCAGAAACAGCAGCAGCUGGAGCAGGACUUCGUCAGUUUGCGUGGCCAGAACACUGACCUGAACAGCAAACUCAAAGUUCUCCAGGAAUCCCAGCAGGAGCUGGAGAAGAGCCUGGUGGCCAUACAGCUUCAGCACCAGCAGGAUAACAUCAAGCUGCAAACGCAGCUGGAUGAGGCAGAAAGCCGCAGCAAGGCUCUACAGAAAGAGUAUGAGGAGGCUCAAAUGGAGCUGUCUGACCUAAAGGAAAGAUCUGAGAAGACCGAGCAGGAGAAGCAGGGGCUUGAAGAUCAACUGGAGGAAUUCAAAGCCAACAUGAAGGAUUUACAGGAGAAAGGGUCAAAGACGCCCCUAUUGCUGCCUGUUCAAGCCAUAGUCAUCGGCCUUAUCCUGGCUUUGCUGUUUUGGUGCUUCGGUGCAAUGUGGUAGUAAGAAGCCGUGGAUGAUCUGGGGGCCUGUGGUUGCUGUGGCUCUUACAGCAGUGACGGCCGCGGUCCUCUUCAGAGGUACCUGAGGGCAAACGUACUCAAACAAACACACCCAGAAGUUAAUCCUUAUUUGAUUUGUUGAGAACUAGCCCCCUUUACAUAUCUGUUGUAGUAAUCAGGUGGGCUCAUAUUUAACUGUUUAUUUAAGAUGCUCUGUUUUAGAUGGCAGAGAUGUUUCUAAAAGAGUGUUAGUUUGUAUGUCUGUUAUUUGAUGGGAAUUUAGUUGGGCUGUGUAAAGUUUACUAUCUUGGCUCAUAGGGGGAUCUGUUAAUGAAUGUAAAAACUUAAACCACACUUGACUAAUUCUAUUUAGGUAUCGUUAAUUAUAUUUAAGGUCGAUCACUUUGAGUUUCUCUACUCAUAGCACAUUUUUGUUAGAAUAAUUGUUGUCACAAUAACUGCCCCUAAUGGAUGCAUUAUGAAAAAAACAGAAAAAAAACAUGUUGGUUGAUGGUGUUGGAUGCUAAAACUGUGUUUGAAGAACUGGAGGAACAGUUUAGAUGAACCAUAUUUGGUUAAAUUUUUGUGUUUUUUAUGAGGGCAUCAUUAAACACAUCUGCAGCAA